GCGGCCAAGCCGGAGUGCGCAGGCGCGGCAGUUGCCGCUCCCCCAACCCCUGGCGGUUGGGGUCGAAUCGCGAGGGAGUGGCGCGUCCGUAAGGCGAUGGAGUACAACGGGUUUAGACAGCGUAAGUUACCUGCCAAAAUGAGAACGAGGGGGCAGAUGCAUGCUGUGGGAGACCCCAGUCGCCUCUUUGAAGAUACCAGUGGGAAUAUGGACGUUCCGGGACCAGGAUAUGAGCACACUGGCACAGGCUUUGGCCUCUCAAGGCAGGGCAUCCUCAGCGACCCCAUGGUGUCUAACUUGGCGAUGGCAUAUGGCAGCAGUUUGGCAAGUCAAGGGAAGAACAUUGUCGGUCAAAAUAUUGAUCGCUUUAUUCCAGUGAGCAAAUUAAAAUAUUAUUUUGCUGUGGACACCAUUUAUGUUGGAAAGAAGCUGGGACUCCUCAUCUUUCCCUAUAUGCAUCAGAAUUGGGAAGUACGAUACCAGCAGGACAGUCCCGUUGCUCCUCGCGUUGAAGUGAAUGCUCCUGAUUUAUAUAUUCCAGCAAUGGCAUUUAUCACAUAUUUAUUGGUAGCUGGGUUUGCUCUUGGAACUCAAAACAGGUUCUCUCCAGAGGUGUUGGGGAUGCUGGCCAGCUCAGCAUUAAUCUGGCUGAUCAUUGAGGUGCUUGCUAUCCUGCUCAGCCUGUACCUGGUCACAGUGAACACCGACCUAACCACUAUCGAUCUCAUUGCCUUUUCUGGGUACAAGUAUGUCGGGAUGAUCACUGGAGUUGUGGUUGGGCUGAUUUUUGGAAGAACAGGCUAUUACAUUGCUCUGGGCUGGUGCUGCAUAUCAAUUGUGGUAUUCAUGAUUCGAACAUUGAGGCUGAAGAUUCUGUCUGAAGCUGCAGCUGAAGGAGUUCUGGUGCGAGGUGCAAGGAAUCAGUUACGCAUGUACCUGACUAUGGCGAUUGCCGCAGUGCAGCCUGUAUUCAUGUACUGGCUCACAUUUCACUUGGUCAGAUAGGGAAAUCUGACAAACUCUGUGAUACCUGAAAAUUAAGGUUUAGGACGUGGGGGUUUGUUUCAUCUUCCGUCCCCGCCCCCCCAUUGCUGGCCUGAGGGGAGAACACCAGUGGGGGAAUCUAUUUCUCAGAGAUUUGUGGUGGGGGGGGGAGGAAUUGGGGUGGGUCUGUUGGGAGUGAGUGGAGGACAGAUUUAUUGCCCUAAAGGAUUUGGGCCUGAGUUGGCCAUCUCCCAUGGUGACAUGGAGUAGAAUCCAACUCCUCAAACGAUAGGGUUGUAAAACUGUCCCUGCAAGUGAGAGGGUGGCAGUAGAGAUGUGCCCAUCAACCCAAACGAGGUGGGGGCAGGGCAUAACUAUUUCCCCAAGUGCGAAGGAGAGACACGCAGGACGGGUUCAUCUCCCUUAAGUGUUGGGGGUGUUGGGUCAUGGCUUCUCCCUGUGCAGAUAUAGAGUUGUUUCCUGCUGGGCUGCCUGUAUAAUCUGUAAACACCAGUCCAUUGUUGUUCUGUCUGUCCCAGAUAACUAGUCUGAUCGGAAGCACAAACUGGACAUUGCUGAUGUGUGGACUUUAUACUGUCUGCAUGGGAAUUUUUUAAAUAUAUAUUUAUAAAUGCAAGGUAAAUAAAAUAUUGAAAAUAUAA